AUGCGUCUUGUUCAUUCUUAUAUAGAAUUACUAAAAAAGUCAUUUGCACCUAAUCAUGAAAAUGAAGAAACUUACGAGACAUAUCUUAAUUUAAUAUAUGGCCCACAAAGUGAAAAUGAUAAUGAAGAAAUAGGAGAAGAAUCUGAGAGUUCAACAAGUGAGGAAGAUGAAAUGCCAUCUGGUG